UGACGAGGGGUGCAGGAGAACUCGAUCGUCGCGUCCAUAAAUUCUUGCUUGUUCCCUCCACCUUGCCGAGUUUGAGAUCUCUUCUACACCCUCAUCUCUCAGCAUCCAAUUUGGACUGUUUCUCGGUUUUGAGCCUGAAUUGUUUCUGUCUUGUGGUCUAUCCAAGUUAGAAUACUAGUAACCACUACUGCUACCACCACCUUCCUCCUGCGAAACGAAUCUCAAACCUACUACUACCGUCCGCGCUUCACCUCAACCACCACACAAAAUGACUCCCUCCAGAGCUACUCAGGUCCACGACGACCACAUCCACACCCACAAGCGCUCCUCCUCCGCCCGCAAGAGCACCGAGGACUACCGCCGCUACAACAACACCAUCAACCACUACGGCCGACACUCCAACGACUGGCUCUUCGGCGGCUUCAGUCUGCGCGACACCAUACAAGGCUCCACCAGUGCACCGGGGGUUUAUAUCGCCAUGUUCAUCGCCAGCCCAUGUGAGGAUGUCGACCUCACCAUCUUCUUCAUCUUCAGUCUCGGAUAUCGAGUCACGCGAUGCUUGAAACUUCGACGUUGUCUUUGCUUCGGUGGAGGGAUCAAUGAAGACUGCUGGGGCUUGAUUCUCCCCGUCUACGACGGCGGGCUUCUGUCGGUAAAUGCCGUUCUUCCCGUUAUGGAAGGCAGAAUCAUUCUGUCUGAGUGUUAUUAA